AUGUCCGCCAAACGCUCCCGCAUUGUUCACUCGUCGAGCUACGGCGACACCGGCCUCCUUCCGCCGCGGUCGGCCGAUUCCUCCGAUUCCCGGCUCCACGUCCGUACGGCUUUCGGUAAUGGCGCGAAGGCUCUGAAGCCGUCGCCGGAGGCUGUGCAGUCUCCACCGUCGGUUCUGACGAUGUCGUCGCCGGAGAUUGUGACGAUGGGACGCGAAGCGCAGGUCGAUAAGUUCCUUGACCACUGCUACUUUUGUCGCCGGAGGCUCCCUCACAAUGAGGACGUGUUCAUGUGCGGUCCCUUUCGUGCAUUUUGUUCCCCAGAGUGCCGUGACCAGCAAGUUGACCUGGACAAGAUAGCAGAGCAACCAAAGCAAGUACCUGUUCAACCAGUUAGAACCAUGUACAGCAUGACCAACAAUGUCAAUGGAUCGAAAGCAACAAGUUAG